AUGUCAUCGCAUCGAGAUCGGGGUUAUCCGGAUGAUGACGAUCGUCGAUCAUCGAAACGCCAUCGAUCAGGUCGUAGUCAUGAAAGAUCAUCAUCGCAUUCUCAACGUCGAUCGUAUUCAUCAGCAGAUGUCGAAGAAAAACCAUCGAGCAGUCAGUUAAGUCGAACCGUUGAAUCUAGUUCGACUUCCACCGUUCCGAAGACUACAAAGGAAGCAGAAAGUAGUUCAAAAGCACGUUCACGAUCAUUUGUUCGUCCAAUAAUUCGUUCAGCUGUUCCAGAAUCACAAUUGAUUUCCCUCGCACGACGACCUGCUCAAUCUGGACGAGUUGGUCAACGAGUUGAACUUUACACCAAUCAUUUUAAAAUCGAAUUUGAGAAAGAUUCUCAAUCGUCAAUUGUUUAUCAAUUCGAUGUCGAUGUAGAAAUUCUUAUGCGCGAUGGUUCAUGGCGUUCAUGUAAACGAGACGAACGUUUCCAAGUUAUAAAAACAAUUAUCGAACGGGAAAAAUUUCCAUUGGUAUGGUAUGAUCAAGGAAGGAGUUUAUACGCGAAAGAAAAUUUAACUGUGAACUUUAAUAAAGAAUACGAAUGCCAGAUAAAACAUAAGAAAACUGAUCGAACUAAUCGCUUUCGAUUUCUAUUAAUUAAUUUGGUGAAGACAUAUGAUUUAAAGAUCAUUUUUGAUUUUAUUCAACGAAGAAUUCCACUACGACCACACGAUUCGGUGAGAAUCUUAGAAAUCUUAUUAAAACAAACACAACGGAUCGAUAUGGUGAAUAUUAAAAAUCGAUCAUAUCCAAAACAUCAAAAAUUGGAUGAUCUUGGUGAUGGGCGUGGUUUAGCAUCGGGAUUUUAUCAAGCAAUUGUGUUAGGUGAACGUGGUCCAACAUUAAAUGUCAAUAAUACAUUCUGUUGUUUUUAUCAAAAUUAUAAUUUAGUAGAAUUUAUUACAUGUUAUCUUGGUACCGAUAUUCGACGAUCUGGUAUAUCAUCAAAAGAUCAACCAUUGUUAGUACGGAAAAUUCUUAAAUCGAUAUGGUUUGUCACAACUCAUACUCAUCAAAUUCGUAAAUAUCGUCUAAAAUCAUUUGGUUCUCCAGCAAAUCAACAUACAUUUAUCAAGGAUCAAGGUUCAAAGAUAAGUGUUGCUGAUUAUUUCUAUGAGAAAUGGAAAAUUCGCUUGCGAUAUCCUCAUCUACCUGUUGUGGAACUUUUCAAUCCAGUUGAUAAGAAUAAAUCACAUUUUUUACCGAUGGAAUUGGUUAUUGUUGAUGACUGGCAGAGAAGUUUAAAACCUCUUACAGUAGAACAACGUGCAACUGUGACGAGGAAAACUGUUGUCAAGCCAGGCGAACGAUAUGGAUUGAUUCGACGUAUUGUAGAUGAACGUCAAUAUGAUAAAGAUGCGUAUUUACACAGUUUUGGUAUGAAAAUUCAAACGAAUGAUAUGUUAACAAUUACCGGUCGACUUUUAACUCCGCCUGAAAUCAAAUAUAAAUCACCACAUGAUGAUAGUCGAGAUGUGAUCGAAAGAGUCAGUAUUGGUAAAUGGUAUUUAAAUAAUUAUUUCAAUAAAACGCGUGAAAUACGUUCGUGGGCAUUGGUUCUUGUCAGUCAGAGAGCACCCGACGAACGGCAAGUGGGUUUAGCAAAAGAUUUUGCAACUAAACUCCCACAGGCUAUGUCAAAGUAUGGAAUUCGACUCAAUUCAUCUGCUAUUGAAAAAUCUGAUGCAGCAAGUCCAGAUACUAUCCUGGCACGAAUGAAUGAAUUGAAAACACUUGGUUGUGAAGUGAUCAUUUAUAUUCUGAAUCAAGUUGGUGAUGAUAUUUAUCAUGCAAUUAAAUUCUUUGGAAAUAUUAAACUUGGAAUGGUAACACAAUGUACGCGGUUUGAUAAACUACAAGCAAAUAGUGAAUCGCGUAAGAUGGAUAUGUACAUUCAGAAUUUAGCACAAAAAUUCAAUGCAAAAUUAGGUGGUAUUAACCAAUUCGUUUCACUCAUGCGGGCAUUGACAUCUCCAUCAACUCGUUCAGAUGUUUUCAUGUUUUUCGGCAUUGAUUGUACUCAUGUAAUGUGCUCACACGAACGACCAUCAAUUGCAGCGAUUAUUGGUUCUAAAGAUUCAACAAGUACACAAUAUAGUGGUCGUGUUAUUCAACAAUAUUCACCAAAAGGAAAAAUAUCAGUUGAAAUUAUAAAAGAUCUUCAUAUUUACGUUGGGGAUUUAAUACGAAAAUUCUCGGAGCAUAAUUCACGUUUACCAAAUAAACUCGUCUUUUAUCGAGCUGGAGUAGACGAUGGAGCAUUCCAGAAAGUCUUGGACAAUGAAGUACAAGCUAUUAAACAAGCAUGCAGAGAAUUCUACGGUCAUAAUCAAUUACCAAAAAUUUGCUUUACCGUAGUAAAGAAAACUCACAAUACUCGUUUCUUUAUCUAUGACAAACAAUCCAACCAAACGAGUAAUGUUCAACCUGGUACAGUUAUUGAUACAGAUAUUGUCUCGCCUAAUGGAUUUGAUUUUUAUCUCAAUUCUCAUGCAGCGAUUCAAGGUACAUCAAAACCAGCACUCUAUCAUGUCUUAUAUGAUGAUAUCGGUUUUACAUCGGACGAAAUUCAACAAUUAACAUAUUAUCUUUGUCAUACUGAUGUUCGAUGCACGAAAGCUGUAUCAAUUCCAGCGCCUGUGCAUUAUGCAUCAAUCUGUGUGUCUCGUGGAGUUAAUCUUGACUAUGAAGGACAAAUGGCAAAUGAACAACGAAGUACAGCAACUUCGGAUAUGGAAGAAGAACUUGUCGAUGAAAAUCUUGUCGUCACACUUGAUGAUGUUCAAACAUUAAAAAUUGAUUUCAAUUCAAUGAUUGAAAAUACAAUGUGUUGCUCCACUAAACACAAAUGUAAUCAAAUCUCGUCAAAACGUACAAGAUGA